AUGCACUUUCUCAGCGCCGUCGCCUGCCUUUUCGUGGCACUUGCUUGCGCACUGCCAUCCCACCAAGGAGCGUUGAACCUUUCUUUGCCCUCGCAGUCUUCCCCUGCUUCAUCCGCACCAGCAGGAGGCCGAGAUGGAAUCCCACCCCAGACCGACGUGGGAACAAUGGUCAACGUCACGACCGACAACAACAGCACCGCCGUGGUCUCGCCCACCUCCAACCACAAGGCCCUCCAAUGCGAACCUGACCCUUGCAUCGAGGCGUGCCGCCUGGCGUUCAAUAUCAUCACCCUCGGGCUCAGUUGUUGUAAGCUUUUGUGUUCUCGGCCCCCCCACCUCUCAUCCUCCUCCUUUUUGCCUUGUUCGCAUUGA